AUGACGCUCCCCACCUCGGCGCAACGUGAAGAGAUCACCGGCCGCUUCGCCGAACUCAUCACGGCCAUUGAGUCUCAUCCUCAAUGGACUCCUCCCAACGUCGACCGUGGCCUCUUCCACGUCUGGGACUUUGUCAAGAGAUCUCACUAUAUCAUGACUGAGCUGGAAAACAUCGAGGCUGGCCGACCUGUCCAGCAUCCGGAGCAGAUUCCCAAGAACAACGGUGUCGAAACGGGCCCUCAAGCUGCCGCUGCCUCAUACAAGGACGUCUGCACACGGACACUCACCAUUAACGAGAUGAUCCAGAAUCCUCGCAUGAUGGUCAUGCUCGGCCUGUCCAAUGUUGACUUUGGCACUGAUAUCCAAGAGCGAUCGACCCUCGUAAAGGAGGCUCUGUUUGGCACCGAGUAA